GCUGGCGUUGGAGUGAGGGUCUCGUCUGCUCUGCUGCUCGUCUGGCUCUGUCGGCUCAGUGAGAGGAUCCACAAAUGAAGGGGUUUUCAGGGCCGUGGUGCUGCAGCCUGCUUCAUGUUGCUCAGAUGGGAUCUGCUGUGGUUCAGCUCCUGUUGGCUGCCACCCUGUGGUCGACACCCACCGUGGCUGUGCUGUCCAACUCCUCUGAGCCUCUAAAUGUGACCAGAGCUGGAGCUGAGACGGCGACAUCCUUCAGAGAAGGAGCUCUAACAGGAGGAGCAGGAGUCGGUGCUCCUCACAGCAGACGGAGGAGAGCCAUUUCGUCCAAAGAGAUCAACGCUCUGCUGGAUUAUCACAACAGAGUGCGGUCCCAGGUCUUCCCCCCUGCAGCUAAUAUGGAGUAUAUGCUCUGGGAUGAGGGUCUGGCUAAAUCAGCUGACUCUUGGGCAUCACGCUGCGUUUGGGAUCACGGUCCAUCACAAGCCAUGAAAUAUUUGGGCCAAAACUUGUCGGUCACUUCAGGAAGAUAUCAGUCCAUCACUGAUCUGGUUCGGUCCUGGUAUGAGGAGAGGCAUCACUUCUCUUACCCGAGCAGAUGCAGUGGGUCUGUGUGCUCCCACUACACUCAGAUGGUUUGGGCGAAUACAAACAGAGUGGGAUGUGCUGUCAGGAGGUGCACCAACAUGUAUGUGUUUGGGAAAACAUGGAGGGAAGCAACGCUGCUGGUCUGCAACUAUUCAAUAAAGGGGAACUGGGUUGGAGAAGCUCCUUAUAAAACUGGGAGGCCUUGUUCUCUCUGUCCAUCCAGUUAUGGAGGCUCUUGCUGGAGAAACCAGUGUUCACCAAACACAAAAACCAAAAGACUGAACAGAUAAACAACGCUGUAAAAAUAUGAUUAAAUCACGAAAAGACCUUCAUAGUCAAAGUGGAACCGACAAGCAUGUUUUUUAAUCAGAAGAAUUCUAUUUUUAUACAUCACAUUUUUGCACUGUCCUUGGUAAUUUUUGCUUUGAAUGACUACAAUGAAGAAAAAAAUAAAAGCACUUUUUUUUUACUUUUACUUUGACAAACUGAAACCUUGGGUGUGUCACUGUUUUAAUUAUCUGGUUUUAUGUUAAUUAGUAGAGUUUUUCUUUUUUGGCUGCAAAAAACAGUCAAGUCAUUCCUGUAGUAAACUUCAACCUGUUUAAUUCAUGGGGGUCUGUUUGUCUAAGUGAAAACCAAUUAAG